AGGUCAACGCGGUGGAUUGUGGGGCGGUGUCGGCAGCACAACAAACCCGAUCAGGGAUUUUCAGGAGCUCUCAAAGUUUUAUUUUAGGCCGAAAAGUACGUCAAAGGACUAGAGGGAAUAUAGGGAUUGAUAUAGGUGUCUCCACAUCAUGUCAAAUACGGCAAAGAAGAAGAAAGCUGACCUGAAGGUGGUAAUCGUGGGGGAGGCAAGUAUCGGGAAGACGUGUCUUAUACGACGGUACAUUGAAGGAACAUUUGAUCCUGAUACAUCUACAACUCUAGGAGCAUCGUUUUAUUUGAAACAAUGGGGAAACUAUAAUGUUGCAUUAUGGGACACUGCGGGAGAAGAGAGGUUUUCUGGUCUCAGCUCUUUCUACUGUCGUGGUGCGUCGGCGGCCAUCUUAGCCUUUGAUCCUUGCUCCCAGCAGUCAUUCCAGGCUUUGAGAGAGAGAUUUGUUCCACUCCUGGAGGCAGCUGAGAAAGACUGUCUCCAUGUUGUUGUAGCAACGAAAGCUGACCUCGUGUCACCAUCAACACGCGCCGUCACAAGCCAGCAGGUGCUUGCAUUUGCACGCGAAAUCAAUCAGCAUUUGCCUCCAAAGGAUGACAAACCUGUGAUACCCUAUUUCGAGACAUCCAGUCUCAGCGGACAGAACGUGAAACGGUUGUUUGAGUACAUAUUUGAGCACUGUUUGCCCGAGGGCGAGGAGCGUAAAAAACGGACUUCAAGCUCAGUUGAUCUUGACUUGGAAAAUGUCAGCUCUGCGGAAAAUAAGAAAAGUUGCUGCAAAACGUGAAAAGAAGAAAACGGAUGCACCUCCUGUAAAUUUAGAAUUAUGUUAUUUUUAGAGAAGUGUAUAUGUGCAUAUUAUGUGCAUAUACAUACUGCAUAUAAUUUGAUCAUUUGUCACUUUAUUUUAGAAGACUAAACUGUAGCUGCCAAAAAUAUUCACACAAGGAGCAGGAGGCAUUUUACAACGGAAGUGGCAGACUCGCCAUACAAUUAAUUUAUAGGUUAAAUUUUUCUGCCCAGUGUAUUUUGAACUGUGUUAUUCUUGUUCAAGGAGUCUUUUUAUGAGUACCAUGUAUUGAUGACUGACACUCCAGAGAAAUGAACAAUACGAAGCCUUACAUUUGUAGUUUAAAGAAAAUGUAAAAAGGAAGAGAUUAGUUAAGUAUUUUUAUGUGGACACAAGCAUGUUACCUGCUGUUUCAGCCUAUAUGCAUUGAAAUGCUGUACAAUUGGCAAAGGCAGAAGAAGUGUGCUUCACUUAGCAUGCUUGCAUAUUAAGUACUCUCCCAGACAGGGGUGGAUUGAGGCCAUCUUCUAGGUCUUCCGGAAGACGGUCAGACUUUCAAGUUUGUGGGUAUCUUAUUUUUCUACCGGAAGAUUUUCAGAAAUGGAGUAUGGAUCAACAAAGAGAAUUUGGAAGACUGUUAGAAAAUAUCUCUGGAUCCACCCCUGUCAGAGAUGCUGAUGGUAAUAAGUAAAUCAAACCCCCCCCCAGUCGUGCCCUCACCUCCUAAUCCAUCCUAUAGGCAUCUUGAUCAAUUCUGAAAAAUGGUCAACAAUUUUCCUCAUGACAAUGAUUUUGAACAAAUUUUUAAAAUAUACAAUUUCUUAAAAUUCAGUUUAAGUGGUUUCAUAUUUGAAACUAAGUAUUUUUGAUUAAAGCUUAAUCAAAAGUGAUCACUUUUUUUGUGCUAAGGACUGCUGAAAUGACAAAAUAUCAGCACUGAUGUGAAAUGUAUAGUAUUCUCACAUUUCCCCUGGUUUAGAACUUGCUGAAAUAUAAAGUCAAGGAAAACCAAGAAAGUAUUACCAAGGGUAGCUUAUUUUUAUCAACUAUAAAUUCCAUAUUGUCCAACUUACAGUUUAUCUGUUUAUGUGGAUUUUUUAUCAAUUAUGCAAGUAAUUUUACAAACAAAUUGUGAUAUGGGCACACAUGCCAAUGUAUAUGUCUUUAAUAAAAGGUUCUAGAUUUAUUUCGUAGCAAUGACAGUAGAUUGUUGGAUGUGACAGUUGAUUGUGACAAGUAUUUAAGAUAUGACAAGAGUGGUAGCUGUGACAAAUGAU